UAUAAUUAGUGAGUGAGAGAAAGAGAUACUACUACCUUAAAAAACCUAUAACUACUAGAAAACACUUAAAAGGAUUAUUUUUAUUAUUAUGGAAAGUAACACAUUUGGCGGAAAUCAUUUGCCAUCGCAAGCAUUGGUUGUUUUAUCAGAAGCAGCGUCGGGAUUGCAUGAAGCUUUAAGAAAUCAACGACCAUUUCCAAGCAGACUUCCUGACGCCAAAGACCUUCACAAUAUGUCCUUAGUGGGCAGCUAUGGUACCCACCUUCUGCACAGUUUUCACCCGCAUCUUCUGCAAUCCCUUAACCACGGAAUGUUGGCUAACGGUGGACCAGCCAGUUACUUUGCCAGCGAUCGAGGACUCUCGAAGCCCGUAUUAACGAAUUUUCAACUGCCUUCAGCAUUCUCACCUCCCAAAUAUAUUGGCAUAUCCUUGGAUCAGAAUCUAUUCAACAGUAGCAGCGAAUCGUUUCGAACGGAUUCAGCCAGCCCGACAUGCACAUCACAUGAAUCCUUGGAGGGAUCAAACGAUUAUGACGGUGAAAAGGGUGAAAGUCCACGAAGUAAUAAUUCUGAUCCAAGGGAUUUGAGACAUGUCCAUAGCAACAGUGGUGGCCAACAAAAAAAUGGCAACUCUCGUGGUCAUGUUCCUGAUGUAUGUCCGGUAUGUGGCAUCAAACUCACACCCGAAGAAUGGAAUUCACACUUCCUAACCGAACUAGAUAGGCUUUAUAAAUUGAGCGCGGGCAUGGAACGAGCGAAUUUACAAUCCAAUUAUAUGUUUGCCCCGCCAUGUCCUGCCCAGGAAAAUGCCAUCCGGACUAGUCACAAUCGAUGGGAGACAUUCCAGAGAAUACGAAACAAUCGACAAAAUCGCUUACGAAUAAAAGUACGAAAACGAAAAUACGGCAGCGAUAUGUACUUUUUGGAUAAUCUGUUUUGUAGUUCUUGUCCGAUUUGCAAACGUAAAUAUUCUAUGGACCCUACAAAAAGUGAGGAAGAGCAACAACCUAAAGAAGAAAUCGAAACGGUCGAUGUAGAAAGUUGUAACGACGAUGUUCCGGAUUCCGGUUCGGAAAUGAAUAGUUCAAGUAGCGUUGGCAAGCUAGACGGAGUUCUCUACAGAACUGCAUGUGUGAUAAAUAAGGAAAGUGCAGAAGAUGAUGUAACGAAUUCAAACAACAAUUGGGAAUCAAACUCCAGUCCACAUAUCAGUGUGAAAAAUGUAAAUGAGCUUUCAUCAACAACGCAUCAUUUCUACAAUGCGGACUCGUGCGGCGAGGAACGAAGUUGCAAUAGCAAAGAAAUCGAUACAAAUACGUGCAAUAAUGACAGCGACGAAGACGUAAUCGUUGACGAUGAUGAUUCGAUGAAAACUUUAAACGCAAAGAAGCGAAAAUUCGAAGAAACCAUGAGCAAUAGAAAUGAAAACCAUUCGCCUGAAGAUGAGCGACCACGUUCUGAACCGCAAGUUACCAGUACUGAGCCAAAUAUGGAUAUGCCGAAUAAUAACAAUAAUAAUAUCAACAAUAACAACAACAACAACAACAAAUAUAAUUUCGAAGAGCUACGUUCGAAAAUUCCGGAUUCGGAAAAUAAUGGACCGGUAUCGGCAACAGGGGGAGCUGCUGCAGCACAAACAGUUGUUGGUGGUGCUUCUGGUGGAAAUGGAAGUGGAGGCAGCAAUUUAAUGCAGGACUCAAAGGUGGGGAUAAGUUCGGAUAAACCGGACGAAGAAUACAAAUGUUUCAUUUGUAAGACAGGUAUAAAGGAAUUCUCAUCGGAUUUUUUCCGCGGGCGGAAUUUAUAUUUUCAUCAAAGCUGUGCGAAUGUUAUGUCAACUUAUCGAUUAAGUAAAGAUAUUCAACAGCAACAACAACAUCACCAGCAGCUGUUGCAACAUCAGCAACAACAACAACAACAGCAGCAACAACAACAGCAUAAUGUAUCAAAUAAUUAAUUCUACUACUUUUUUUUCAUUUUUUUGUUUAAAUUAUUAAA